AUGACCGUCGCUGUGGAAUCGCCCUAUCCCACGCCCCGCAAGGAGCUCGGCCACGCCGUCAACUACCUCUCCGGCAACCACGACUACGACGUUCCGCAGGAGACGCUCGACCUCGAGGUUGCUGCGUUGCGCGCGAAACUGGAGGCCAAGCCGACUUUCGACCCUCGCCUCAGGUUUGACCCGGCCAGACACCUUGUUUUCAAGCCCGAGUACUACAAAACCACGCAGCAGUUCACCCUCAGCGACCUGAACAUCAAGAAAACCCGGGUCAAGCCCGUCACCGACUUUGCGGCCGCGUUCCCAUUCCCGCUGAUCUCGCAGGAGGCCGUGGACAUGCUGCUGUGGGAGGCGCUGCAGCCGGAAGUUCUGCGCGACUACGCGCGAGUCCCGAACCUGUCCAAGGGCGCCAACAGACUGGACUUCCACGUUGGCGGCCACUGCUCCAAAAAAGCGCCGUUUUCCAACGCGCUGUUCACGGCGCCGGAGCUGCGCGAAAUCCUCGAAGGCUUCACCAGAACAAAGGUCGAGCCCGUGUACAACGCCGAGUACGGCCACCUCAACGUGUCGCUGGCCAGCCUGAAGCCAGAGGACGCGGCACAGUUCGCGGCUUCCAGAGAGGAGCAGCUGAAAGUGUACGAGGCGCAGACCAAGGCGGGCGGCAACGACGUGCCCUCGACGCUCGGGCUGCAUUACGACUCGUCUGCGUUUGCGCUGGUCAUCAUGCUGGACUUCGGCGACUCGGCUAUCGGCGGCGAAACAGGCAUCAUCACCGGCCACAACGAGAUGGUGCGCGUGCCAGACCCGAAGGUCGGCUGGGCCACGCUGAUCCAGGGCAUGGUGCUGCGCCACGUCGCCACAAAGCCCGUCACCAACUCCAACAGAAUCACCUCUGUGGGCGGGUUCUGUCUGGCCGGGCCGGAACACCUCGACAACAACCUGCUCACCAGCACCAAGCCGUCGGUGCUGCCGCGCGCGCUGUACAACGAGUUCUACCGCGACUGGUGCGAGUUCCGUCUCAACAACCUCCAGAGACACAUCGGCUACUACAAGGAGCAGCUCAUGGCGGAGUUCGACUCGGGCAAGACGUUCGACCAGCUUGCGUUCGCGAAAAAGUGCCAGGAGAUGGAGCGGUACCUGAGGAAGUCCUGGGACGAGAUGGAGGCCGUGUACAACCCGCCAUACCCGCCGGCGCAGUUCAGCACGCCGUACGAGGAGCUGCCCGACUACGAGGACUAG